AUGGCCGUCCGAUCGAGGUCGUCCCUGCGCUUCUCAGUGCGACGGGAUGACAAUGCCUCUGGUCAUGAUGACGACCACCACCAGGACAACCACGACAACACUCUGCCGUCUUCUCCUCCCCCUGCAAAGAGGCCUCGGCUUCAGCAGCAACAGCAGCAGCAGCAGCAGCAACAGCAACGUCGUCAGCCACCUUCGUCCCGCCGUCGCAAGAGCUCUCCCGACUUACUUGACACUACUAUUGAAAACUCCAGUCAUCGUGUUCCCCCGUCAUCCAAAAACCCCCAGAUCGUGCGACAGGCCGGUCAUUCGCCUGUCCCUCCGCCGCCGCACUCAUCUACGCGCCAGCCACCUGCUCCCUCCACUGCCGGCGACAGCGCACCCUCCUCAUCCUCGUCCUCGUCGUCCAACUCCGCCCGUGUUCCGCUCCCCGGCACCCCGCACACUACGGGACGAUCUCAUGAGCACCAUCGCACUCCGCUUUCGGCUUCUGCCGCGCUGUAUAUGCGUGGUGGUGGUCGCGAGUCGCCGGAUCCCUUAGAUAUCAUCUCUCCUGCCCCUACCAAGGCCAAUUCGCAGCCUCGCAAAACACCCACUACGUCCACUCCGACCUCUACCACCCGUUCUACGCGCCGGUCUCGCCCGCAGCAAUCUGUCGCAUCGGACGCGGAUGCGCAGAAGCCCUCUGAACAGACGAGCAGUAGGCGGAAACCCCACUCGGCCAAUCCUGAGACGGAAACGCAAUCGCAGCCUAAGGAGGAACCCGCGCAUCCCAGUCCAGCCGCACCAGAACAGCGCCGGUCGCUUCGUUCCAAGGACAGUAAUUCACGGCUGCGGAGCGAACUGGCGUCGUAUUUCUGGAACUAUGAACAGAUUCUGAGUCUGGAUCCUCCGAAGACUGUGGAACUACUGACCGAGAACACCACGAUCAAGUUGAUUGAUGACCUGGCCGAGCCUCUUACCACCAUACAAUCCUCUGCUCCCGACUCCGAGUCCCCGUUUGGGAACCCUCUGUUGCAGCUCCAUGACUGCGAAAAGAUAUCUCUGCCGGAGCCAGAGUCGGAGCCGAGUUCAGACGCUGCGCCCGGAGAUGUCACGGAGCAAGACCCUCUCAAUGAAGGAUACUAUUUCCGCGCCCACCGGAGAAUGGAGCGGCAGGAGAAACAGCUCCGGAACAUCGAGCGCGAACGCGCCCAGCAUGAGAAGAUGCAGCUGGAGCGUCUAUUAGACGAGCUCAAAGGCCACGACUGGCUCCGUGUGAUGGGUAUUACUGGUGUGCAGGAGCACGAGAAGAAGCUCUACGAACCCAAACGCGACUAUUUCAUGAAAGAAAUCGCAGGCCUGAUCGAGAAAUUCCAAAUCUGGAAAGAAGAAGAGAAACGCCGGAAGCUCGAUAAGGACAAGCCCUCGCUCCGCGCCGAGAUAUCACCAUCCACCGCCCCCACGAGCAGAGACCGCACCACCUCCCAGAAGCGCAAACUCAGCGAUCGCACCCCGGAUACUAUCGCCGAACGACCAACCCACAACGGUGCCGCCACCUCCGACGCCGAAAGCGACGGCGAACCCCCAGACCCAAGCGACGUGGACGCCUGGGCCGCGCACCAACUCCAGCAGGAAGCCCGCUCCGCGACAGCCGGCAAACGGCCCAAACCAUCGACCGAAGCCCUACGACGCCGCAAAUCCUCCGCCAACAAAUCCUCCACCGCACCGCCCGCUGUCGCAAAACCAGCAACCCCUCCCCCUCCCGAUAAACCCUUCACCUCAUUCUACGCAAAGCCUCAUCUGCGCGAUGCCGCGCUCUCGCCGCACCGCAAGGGCCGCGUCCGCCUGGCGUUCGGCCACCCCAUCCCCAAGAUGGAGGUGCGCGAAUUCCAGCCGCCUGCGGAUAUCCUGACGCCCGAGGCGAUCGACUCCUGCCGCAGGAAGCGGAGACGGAUGAGAAGGGAAAGUCGCGGCUGA